AUGACUAGUAUUUGGGGUUCCUUUGAUCAUUCUGUUAAGGAAAGCGCAAAUUUCGAUUUGGAUGCAGAUCUGGAUAUCAACUUGCAUUUCGCAAGACUAAGAUUGUCUGCGAUGGAAAUAACGCCCUCGGUAUCUGAAACAUCCACAAUGAUAUCCCCUACCGCCUCUUAUGGUAAUCUGCUCUCCGAUGUCAGCAAAGAGCGUGAGCAUGGCGGUUCGGCAAAUUCAACAUACACUUCAUCAUCGGCCAACUCCCCGCCGGGUCUUGGUCAAAAUGAUUGUUUGCCCUUCGACCCUGACUCACAGCAGAUUGCUAUAGACAUGUUGGAUCUGAUUCCAAAUCUUUGGGCCGAUAAAUCUAAAGAUACGCUAAAUUUUUCGUCUUCAAAUGUUCUCAGUUCUAGCAGGAUUCCCUUUUCAGGUCAAUGUGCUCCAAACCUUGCGACUGCAAAUAAUGGUCAUGUGUCUCCUCGGCUCAAUCAAUCGUCAAAAGUUAUUCCAUCAAAUUUUAGUACUUUGGAAAGCUCUCCCUUUUUUGCUCUUCAACAGUCUCAUCAAGAAUCCUCGCCGUUUGCCUUUGCACAAAAUCCCAACUCUUUCAAUAAUACAUCUCGAAUCCAAAUGGAUGGACCCGCUAAUUCCAAGUCUCUCUUUCAGCCUCACUCACCACAAAUUCCAGUUCAUAGUACGCCAGUGGAGAUAAAGAGCCCCGUUCAGGGUGGCGGCACACAAUUAGGCUACCCGCUUACAGAAGAAAAUCUCCUGCUCUUGAAUCCCUCCAAACGGUUGAUUCAGGGGAAGCACCUGAACAUUGCAGUGAUUCCCACUAAGAUGUGUCAAGAUGAUACGGCCUUCCUAAUGGUCCCUGCAAGUUCAGCCCUGAACGAAAAUGACUCAGACAAAUCGCUAAGAGUUGAAUGUGUCCCAAAUACAAAACGAAAGAUCACCCCGAAAGGCCUUUCACAAAGCAGCUCGGUUUCUUCACACAGUCAGAAGUCUCAUAAAGUGUUCCCUUCCUCAAGCGUAAAGAGCAAGGCUAUUGUUGACAGAGAUCUUUACAAAACUGAAAUGUGCACACAAUAUCAGGAAAAGGGGUACUGUCCUUAUGGAUCUAAAUGCCAGUUUGCACAUGGAGAGGAAGAACUGAAGAAAGUCAAACGAGCGGACAACUGGAAAACAAAAUUAUGUGCUAAUUGGCUGAAGUCCGGAUCAUGUCGGUAUGGUAAGAGAUGUUGUUUCAAACACGGUGAGGACGACAGAGGGAAACCGUGA